UCUCGACGAGCCAUCAGUUGUCAACACCCUUCUUUGCCUCUCACUUCCACUGUCCUGCCUAAGAUUUUUCACAUCCUCAAUGCUUUGGAUGCUGUUUUUCUCGCUCCGAUAUAGCAAAUACCGAAAUACUGCUCAUUGAACUUCCGCCUUGUUAGUAAGAGCCUAUUGUUUUCACUUGUAAAGUCUUCAGUUCGAAUGGGCAAACGGCAAUUAAUAGUGUUCCUUUCGGUCUUCUCUGGCCUAUCUCAUUCUCCCCUGUACAAGUAUAACUGCUGUUGGUCUGUGUGAUAUGCUUAUCAGAAGUAGCAUUCGUUGCUUGUGGCAAUUAUGGUGUUAAUGUGAAGAAACUUGAUUAGUGCAGCACUUCAUUAACAUGUCAAUGUGAUUAUUCAGGACCAGAUGCUUGAUUGGAAGGAUUAGCAGCGGCUGUAUCCAUGCUUUGCAGUUAGUGUAGCGGCAUAUAAGGCUGCUGGGAUUAUAAAUUUAUAAUUGAUUUCUCUCGCACAAAAGGUUUAUUUACAUUUGCUUCAAGAAUGGGAGUUGAGAAAGAAGGAACAAAAAGUGGAGGAGGACACGUCGGUGGGUUUUUCCAGUUGUUUGACUGGACCUCAAAAUCUCGGAAGAAAUUGUUUGCUUCUAAGUCAGACGCACCAGAAUCUUUGAAGCAGGGGAAAAAAGUUGAUGCCAGCUUAGCAAUGACACGGCCUUAUGUGGGGGUGAAUGAAGAUGAAAUUGGAGCCGGUGCAAGUGUCAGAGGAAGUGAUCAUAGUUAUGCUUCAUCAGUUACAGAUGAUGAAGCAUGUGGAACAAGAGUCCCAGGCGUCGUUGCUCGGCUUAUGGGAUUAGAUUCUCUACCCCCUUCUGGUUUUCCUGAGCCCUAUUCUUCUCCAUAUUUUGAUGCCCGAUCUCUUCAAGAUGCUCAAUAUUGCAGGAAAAACCUGAGCUACCAGCAUGAUCAGGCCAUUUAUUCUGGAAAUUUGCUUGAAAAAUUUGAGGGCUCUUCAAGGAACUUCGUGGAACAAAGGUCCCAAAAGAUCCUUAGCAGGCCAAUUGAGAAGUUCCAAACCGAAGUAUUGCCACCUAAGUCAGCUAAAUCAAUUCCUGUCACACACCAUAAGCUUUUGUCACCUAUCAAGACUCCUGGCUUUAUUCCAAGCAACAAUCCUGCUUAUAUAAUGGAAGCGGCUGCAAGGAUUAUUGAACCUGGGCCCCAGGCUACUGCAAAGCCUAAAACUCCAUCGAUAGCUUCAUCUUCUGUAUCAUUGAAGGUUCGAGGUCUUAAAGAAAAAGCAGAGGCUUCACAAAAAGGAUCUCUUUCUGGAUUAUCUACCAUGACAUCUAGAGCCAGAGAUUUGAAAGAAAAAAGAGAGGUUUCUCAAAGAACAAUUAGGCUUUCUGAACCUUCUCAAAAAAUGGUUGAGUCAAAUGCUGUCAAGUAUCUAAAGGGACAGUCUUUAAACAAAAGUUGGAAUGGAUCUCUGGAUUCAUCCAAUGGAUCUACUGAUGCAGGAGAAGAUUUAUCUUUACAGAAUAAAGGAAAGUCUGUUUCUCUUGCAAUUCAAGCAAAAGUGAAUGUUCAAAGGCGGGAAGGCUUGAGUUUGAAUGGCAGUAGAGGUUUGGCGGGCCAGAAAGAACACCAUGAGCCUAAAACCAACCCACCAUCAAAGACUAAGGCUCAAAAGAAGCUGCAGAAAAAGUCUUCUGUGCAAGGUACUGCGGGUGUUCUCCGCAAAAACAAUCAAAAACAGAAUUGUUCAGUUGACAAGGGCAAGUUACCAUCAAAGCCAUCGAUUUCCAAUGAUAGGAAAGUUCUGUCAGGGGGUUCCCCCUAUGGGCGCCAUAGAAGUUCUAAUAGUAGAUCUACUGGGAAAUCCAAAAGUGGUACCAGGAAGUCAAGCUUGGGUGCAUCAGAUUGUGAAAAUGAAGUUUUAUAUACCAGUACAAAUAAUUUCCCUAGAAAGAAAAGGUCCACAGACAAGGACUGGAAUGAUCGGGUUGUGGAUAAUAUGUUCAUUGACAAAACAAAGAAGCCUAUUGAGUCUAAUCUAGAAGGUAAGGACAGCUUUAGUUGGGCAGGAGAAGUCAAAAGGAAAGACAUGGAUGUUGUUUCCUUUACGUUUACCACACCAUUGGCAAGAAAUAACAAUGGCUUUGAUGCAUCUGGGCAAGUUGGUCAGAAGGUCAAUGGCUGUUCCUUGGAUCACCACAUUAAACAAGUAUUGAUUGAGUCAGACAAUGCAACAACUCCAGUAGGAUACAAUGUAAUAGCUGGUGAUGCCUUGAGUGUUCUUUUAGAACAGAAACUGAAGGAAUUUAUGUAUGGAGUCGAGACUUCAUGUAACAGUUCUUCUAAAGACAGGACAUCUUCUAGUAUUGCAUCAAACUCAGUAGACCCGUCAUCUUCCCCGAGUUUAGUUAACCUCCUCCCGAGAUUGCAACAAAAGGACCAAGACAUGCUAUCUACAGAUACAUUAUGCGCCAGGCACUAUUCUGAUAUCUCCCUCACUAGUCUUCCUGAAGUAACAUCAAAACAUAAGUCAUUGGUUUUUGAUGGGAUGAAGGAGUUUAGGUCCAAUCAUAUCGAAUCACCGCUAUUCAACGGUCGACACCCAAGUCCAAUCUCUGUUCUUGAACCUUCUUUCUCAAUUGAAAGUUGUGAAUCUCUAGUCAGCACAAAUGCUACUAAUAGCACAGGAGAAAGCAAGUUGUGCUCAUUUGUGCAAGCUCAAGAAGUCUUUGACCCGAACACUUCAAGGAAGUCUUAUCAUGCAGAAGCUGAUACUGAGCUGUCGGAUUCAGCUUCUUCAACAUCAACUGGAACCAUUGUAAAGAAGCGUACAGAUGCAUUUUCUAUCAUGAAAUUUGGAAGAUCAAGUACAUGGGAACUGGACUACGUGAAAGAAAUAUUGUGUAAUGUGGAACUGAUGUUUAUGGACUUUGCCCUGGGUCAAGCACGAGAGGUUGUGAGCCCCCAUCUAUUCAAUCAGCUGGAAAGUAUGAAAGAAAGGUCUGAGAACGUUGGUGGUGAGCCUAGGAUAAACAGGAAAGUUAUUUUUGAUUGUGUGAGUGAAUGCAUGGACAUAAGAUGCAAGCGUUAUGCAUGUGGGAGUUACAAAAUGUGGGCCAAAGGAGUUAUGAUGGUGAGAAAGAAGGAACGGUUGGCAGAGGAAGUGCACAAGGAGAUUUCUGGUUGGGGAGCCAUGGGGGAUUCAAUGGUUGAUGAACUUGUAGAUAAGGACAUGAGCAACCAAUAUGGAAGAUGGCUAGAGUUUGAUGUUGAUGGUUUUGAACUAGGGGCAGAAGUUGAGGAUCAAAUACUUGAUUCUUUGGUCAAUGAUUUUGUUGCUGAAAUCUUGCAAUAUUAACAUCUAAAGGGGUUUGCGAUUGUGAGAAAGGAUGAAUGAUUGGCAUCUCAAGCGUCCAAGGAGAUUUCUGGUUGGGGGCAGAUGGCUAGAUUUUGAAUCCCUAGUUCCCCACUUUGGGGGGUGCGUGAUUAAGAUUUUUUUGGCACUGUCUCAAAGUGGAUUAUAAAUUAUAAAGUUCAUACAAAGAUCACAUAAGUCAUUUGUAUAUGUUGCUUCACUGUCCUUUACUGAGAGGGAUUGAUAUCUUGAUUUUCCUGUUGGCCAAACGAAGAAGUACCUUGAUUUUCCUUGUAUCAGCCAUCAUAGCUGUGACUCAUUGUCAAUCAAGCAGCAGUUUUCUUUGGUAAACUCGGCUUAUAUAUAUUCAUUAGUCAUUCUUGAAUUUAAUUUACAAAUGAAUAAGAGCCAUUAGCUCACAGAUUAUUUGAGUGCC